CCGAGGGGCUCUGCGGGCAGCGAGCGAGCGAGCGAGGGGCCCCGGGUGCGGCCGCCGGCAGCAGGCGCCCGGCGGGGAGGGGAGCGGCGUGUGGUGCUGUCGGGGCCACCGUCGGCGGUCGCGGCGAUGGGCAGCGCAAGGGGGCCCGCUGGGGCCGUCCUGCGGGCGCUGGUGUCAGUGGUCGCCGCGCUGCUGGCCUGUGGCGUGGCCAGCGAGUACGACUAUGUCAGCUACCAGUCCGACCUGGGCCCUUACCCUGGCGGGCGCUUCUACGCCAAACCCCACCAGUGUGUGGCCAUCCCUGCCGACCUACGGCUUUGCCACAGCGUGGGCUACGACAAGAUGGUGCUGCCCAACCUGCUGGACCACGAGACCAUGGCCGAGGUGAAGCACCAGGCGAGCAGCUGGGUGCCGCUGCUGAACAAGAACUGCCAUAUGGGCACCCAGGUCUUCCUCUGCUCCCUCUUUGCCCCCGUCUGCCUGGACCGUCCAGUCUACCCGUGCCGCUGGCUCUGCGAGGCCGUGCGUGACUCCUGUGAGCCUGUCAUGCAGUUCUUUGGCUUCUUCUGGCCAGAGAUGCUCAAGUGUGACCAGUUUCCCCAGGAUGAUGUCUGCAUUGCUAUGACGGCUCCCAAUGCCACCGAGGUCUCCAGGCCCAAAGGAACGACUGUGUGUCCCCCUUGUGACAACGAGAUGAAGUCAGAGGCCAUUGUGGAGCACCUGUGUGCCAGCGAGUUUGCUCUCAAGAUGACCAUAAAGGAAGUGAAGAAGGAGAACGGGGACAAGAUGAUCAUUCCACGGAAGAGGAAAGCACUGAAGCUCGGGCCCAUCCGGAAGAAGAACCUGAAGAAGCUGGUGCUGUUCCUAAAAAAUGGGGCGGACUGUCCCUGCCAUCAGCUGGACAACCUCAGCCACUACUUCCUCAUCAUGGGCCGCCAGGUGAAGACCCAGUACCUGUUGACAGCCAUCUACAAGUGGGACAAGAAGAACAAAGAGUUCAAGAAGUUYAUGAAGAAGAUGAAAUCACCCGAGUGCCCGACUUUCCCAUCCGUUUUCAAGUGAUUGCUGGGUGGGGGGAGAGCCGGGGGCUGGAGCUGCCGUGGGGCAGUGGCUCAGUCUCGCUGCUCUGCAGUGGGGAUGCUGGAGCCAAACCCUUCUGCUCCUCUGUGCUGCUCCUGGGAGCUCUCUCACUGACCUCAGCCCUCCUGCACAUCCACUGCUGGCGUCUGCCUGACCUCCUGGGCGUGUGAUGAACGUGCACCAAACGGGUCACACACAUUUGUGUCUGCAGUGUCUAAAGAACUGUUACUGUACACUGAUGUACAACCAUUCAAAUAGCAGCUGUCAGGUAAAGAGGGCAAGCAGAGGGGUGUGAGGUGAUUGUAAAAGUUCACAUGCUUACAGAAACAGCCCUUGUGACCAUGUCACUCCUUCCUGUCUUCAUGGCUGCAGGAUUGCCCUGGAUUCUUGUGUGAGCCAGAGCUGGCUAAUUAGACAAACGUCCCAUCCUCACCGUCAAAGUUAAUAAACGAGUAGUGGAGCACCCGUUAAAACCUCUGAUAAGAAUUCCUAAUAGCUAAUUGCCCUCACUGUAAAAAAAUGCCAUUAUAGUCUAAACCUACUUAGUUUAAGCCUUAACUCUGGUUCCUCGUGRUGCCUUGAUGGGCUGGAGCCCUCCCUCACCAGCAUCUCUUGUAAAAUAUCUCACUGGGUGCUUGCCUUGGCCUCUGCUGCGCCAGCUGAGCCCUUUGUGCCCAGUGCUGUGCAUGCCCAGGUAGCCCUGGAGCCUCUGUGCAUGCCCAGGUGGCCCUGGAGCCUCUGUGCAUGCCCAGGUAGCCCUGGAGCCUCUGUGCAUGCCCAGGUAGCCCUGGAGCCUCUGUGCAUGCCCAGGUAGCCCUGGAGCCUCUGUGCAUGCCCAGGUAGCCCUUGAGCCUCUGUGCUGUGCCCAGGUAGCCCUGGAGCCUCUGUGCAUGCCCAGGU